AUGCAGAUGACCAUGCAGAAUGCAGUUCAGGUGUGGUUUGGAGAUGACCUCCCCUUAAGCCCCCGAAGUCCUUUGACUCCCAGGCAUGGGCCAGGUUUGGCAGAUGUGUGCCUGUAUGACCAGUGGAUAUCCGUGCGGCAUGAAGCAACUCUGGUGCCUAUGCAAGAAGAUCUGUCAAUCUGGCUCUCAGGCUUGCUGGGAAUAGACGUCACAGCAGAACAACUGCUGGAAGAACUUGAUAAUGGAGUGCUGCUCUGCCAAUUGGUUGGUGUUCUCCAAAACACAAUUAAAAAAUGUAGCUCAAAUAAUUUAAGGAAUUUUCCUAUGAAAAAAGUUCCAUGUAAGAAGGAUGCUCCACCAGGAUCUUUUUUUGCCAGAGAUAAUACAGCCAACUUUCUUAACUGGUGUAGGGCCAUUGGAGUUGAUGAGACUUAUCUCUUUGAAUCUGAAGGUUUAGUUUUGCACAAGGAUCCAAGACAAGUGUACCUUUGUCUGUUGGAAAUUGGGCGCAUUGUAUCCAGGUAUGGAGUUGAACCUCCUGUACUAGUAAAACUGGAGAAGGAAAUUGAGCUAGAAGAAACACUGCUGAUGACUUCUGGACCACCAUCACCUGUUAGCACAGAAAAGUCAUGUUGUCACCAUGGGGAGCUACAUGAGGCAGUUAAACAUAUAGCAGAAGAUCCUCCCUGCAGUUGUUCCCAUCGAUUUUCAAUUGAAUACUUAUCAGAGGGACGUUAUAGACUUGGAGAUAAAAUACUCUUCAUACGAAUGCUACAUGGCAAGCAUGUGAUGGUACGUGUUGGUGGAGGCUGGGACACUCUUCAAGGUUUUCUGCUUAAAUAUGAUCCAUGCCGAGUGCUUCAGUUUGCAACUCUGGAACAAAAAAUCCUGGCCUUUCAGAAAGGGGUCACCAGUGACAGUGUCUCCAACUCACCAGUGAGAAUUCAGGAGCCUCCUGUUAUGAAUCCAAUGACAGCUGUCAGUAUGUUUCCAAAGCAGCCAUCAAGACCACCUACUCCUCUUUCAGCUCUUGGGGCCAGUGCCAAGAAGACUUUAUCUAAACGUCCCCAGUCCCCUGCCUUGGCAUCACCAAAAGUGCCAGUGCCCCCAUCCUCCACAGCCAAGUCGUCGACAGUCAGGUCCAAAUUACAAGGGUGUUCGACAACAAGCAUGCAGUCUCCUUUUAAACCCUUAGCUGGUACCUCAAAGAAACUUGAGUCUCCUGCGCACAACUCACCAGCUUCUGCUCCUUCACAGCCUGUAAACAAAAGCUCUUCAUCUGCAGAAACAAGAACAGCUCUCGUUCACUCUGAAACAUUGCGCAAACGUAUUCGGUCCCCUGAUGCUCCCAAGGUGAAGUUUGCCCUGUCUCAGGGCUCCUCAGCACCAGCACUGCAUCCUGCCCCCUCGUCCUCUAAGAAGCAACCGUCUUGUUUGCCUGGGACAGCUGAAACGAUGGCUUCAAAACAGAAACGUGUUCCUACUAAAGGUAAACCUGUGUCUGUCACUAAAACCAAAGCGAAUUCAGUUGUUCUGAGGGCUGCUCGGCUGCCUGUUACAAAUCUACGUGCUGUAUCCAAAUAUGCACAUUCUCAGCAGCUCCUCGUAAAUCCUCCUUCUGAAAAUGCUAUUCAGACCUCAAGAACUGGGUCUCAGCGUCCUCAGAAAGCUCCACAAACAGCUUCUGAUCUGGCAAGGAACCUGAAAAGUGCUUCAGUCCUAAAACACUCAGCUUCUGCACCUUCCCUUGCAGUUAGCAAAGCAUCAAAGUCACCGCCUAUGCUGGUAUCUACAAGCAAAAAUGUAUCAUCAGCUGCCAAUAAGCAGCCAAAUGUCAGUAAAAUCCCUCAGGUUGGACCCACUUCAUCCAAACCUCCUGAACGCACUCCCUUAUCUGUUGUACGGCUUCCUCAAACUCCAGCCAAAGCGAUAGGAACCAAAAAGCCAGUGCAGCCUUCCACAAAAGGUCAGCCUUCAGCCAAAAACUUGCAAGCAAAUGAAAGCUUGGCCCCAACAGCCAAGAAUCCUCUCCCCAAGGGAAAAACAGCAGCUACGUGUAACAAGGCAAUGUCUGGUGUAUCAAAGGGUCCUCUUGCGAAAAGCAGGCAAGAUGAUCACUAUUUUGUUAUGACAGGAAGUAAAAAACCCAGAAAGUAA